GCUGAGCGGCGCCAGAUUCGGCGCAGGCGCAUGCGCACUGAGCCGCAGGGAGUGGGCGUACGGCAGCCGCGAAGGGCCCUUUCCCUCAAUCCGCGUCUCUUUGUUACGCGGGAGGAGCCCGUCAGGGAGCGGUGCCGCGGACCGGCGAAGAACGGAGGACAAGGAGGUGACCUACCCCAGGCUGGUGAAAUGGGAUCCAAACAGAUUGCUCAGGAGACUUUUGACGAUGCAGUGCAAGAAAACAUCACAGAAUUUGAAAUGGAGCCAGAAGAGGCUGUGAGAGAAGCUGUGCAGCAGUUUGAGUCUCAAGGUGUGGAUCUAAGCAACAUUGUGAAAGCUGUGAGGCAGCCUGCAGCUGAGAACGGCCAGAGGCAGAAGCAUCAGAUUCUGCUGACCUUGGAUGCCCUGGGGGCAGCCGUUGCCGACUCUUCCCUGGCCCAGGUGGCAGAGCAGCUGCAGGUCUUCAGCGAGCAGUGCAAGCAGCAAUUGGCCUUCCGCUGCCUGGCCGGGCAGAACGGUGCCUACCCUGUGCUCUUCUCUGCCUGCCACUUGGCUUCGGGAGACAGAGCUACCCUGCUGAAAGCCUUCUCUGCCCUCUCUGCCCUCUUGGACGGGCAGCCAGACCUGCUGGACGCGGCUGGGCAGGAGCUGCUGCUGCGGAGCCUGCGGGAGGGCAGGGAGGACGCGGAGCUGACUCUGGCUGUGCUGCGCUGCCUGCGCCAGGCCUGCCUGAAGCACGAAGGGAACAGGCAGGAGCUGGUGAGAGGAGGAGUCCUGCCCCUGCUGACCGGAGCCAUCCUGCAGCACGGGCAGCAGCCCGAGGUGGUGCGGGCGGCCUCGGCGGCGCUCAGGGUGAUGACCUUCGACGACGACAUCCGAGUGCCCUUCGGCCACGCUCACGACCACGCCAAGAUGAUCGUGCUGGAGAACGAUGGCCUCAGGGUCCUCAUCCGGGCUGCCGAAGCCUUCAGGGACAACUCUGGGGUUCUCAGCGAGCUCUGUGCCACCCUUUCUCGGCUCUCUGUCAGGAAUGAGUUCUGCCAAGACAUUGUGGACCUUGGAGGCUUGAACCUCAUGGUGUCCCUGCUGGCUGACUGCAUCGACCACCCGGACGUGGUGAGGCAGGUGCUGAGUGCCCUCCGAGCGGUGGCAGGGAACGACGACGUCAAAGAUGCCAUCGUCAGUGCUGGAGCCACAGACCUCAUAGUGCUUGCUGUCAGCCACCACCUGGGCAACCCUCAGAUCUGUGAGCAGGGCUGUGCUGCCCUCUGCAUGCUGGCUCUGCGCAAGCCUGAGAACUGCCACAUCAUCAUGGAGGGUGGAGGGGCCCUGGCAGCUCUGCAGGCCAUGAAAGCACAUCCCCGGGAAGUGGCUGUCCAGAAGCAGGCCUGCAUGCUGAUCCGCAACCUGGUGUCCCGCAGCCGAGACUUCUCCCAGCCCAUCCUGGCGAUGGGAGCUGAGGACCUGAUCACAGAAGCUCGUGCAGCACACAGGGACUGCGACGACGUGGCCAGAGCUGCUCUCAGGGAUCUUGGCUGCAAAGUGGAGCUCAGAGAGCUGUGGACAGGCCAGAAAGGGAGCCUGGCUCAGUGAGUCGUCCCUCUGAGGAGCUUCCAGACGUGCCUGAAGCCAGAGGGAGCAAACAGUGGCAUGGAUUAAGCUGUAGCUGCCUUGAACUGGAAUGUCUGAAGCAAGUGCCUGGCUUCAGGCUGCAGAGGACUCUUUCCUUGGGAGCUUCAGCUGAAAUGGCUUUCUGCACUCACAGGCUGCAAACCAACUGUGUGGUAACCAUCCCUGCAUCAGCUAGAGCCUGAAGAUGCUCUGCUCCCUCUGUUCCUUGUGGCCAGGACUGGCCUGCUCCCACCUGCUCUGCUCUCCAUGGCAAAAGUGGCUCACUCCUGAUGGUACCACUGCAGCUGGUCCUGCUCUCUUCCUCUGCCUGUGGAGGUUGCAACCCCAUUGGGAACAGGAGGGCUGAGGAAGAAUCCCCUUGUGGUUUGGA